AAAAUUCGAAAACUAAUUCAAAAAAGAAACUCUGAUAUCAGAGGAAAGGCUACAGCAAUUGUUGUCGAUGAGGUAGUAGCACAUGUCCCCUUCCUAUGUGGUUGUGCCACUGGUGAUAUCAAUAUUGUGCUGUUAGAUACUCCUGGUUUGUCUGAGGCAGAUACUUCUAAUGUAUCUGAAUCUGAGACUCCUGGUUUAUCUAAGCAAGAGAUCUCUAAAGCAUCAGAACAUCAACUAAUGACUUGUUCUGCAUAUGUUUAUGUAAUAUCAUCUCACCAAAUGGAGGAUAUUAUUGAUACUGACUCACUGAGAGCUAUAGUUAUGAGGGAUCCAAAUGUAUUUGAAGAAAGACGAAUCCUUAUUGCUGUAACAAGACUUGAUCAAUAUAACACUACAUCCGAAGAAGAAUCAGAUUCUGAUUCAGACAGUGAUGAUGAAUCAAGUCCUAGCAAUGAUGAUGGAGAAAUCCCUAAGCGUAUUGAAAGCAUAAAGGAGGUCAUCCAGCGACAGUCCAAGUGUUUAGGCGUGCCUAUCCCAGAUGAUUGUAUUAUACCUCUGUGUGCUACCAGAGCUCUUAAGGCAAGAAAAAAAAUAAUAAAAGUAACGAGUAAAAAGCCAAUUCAAGAGUCAAAAUUAUCAACUGCAAAUGAACGUGAUAAAAUUAGCCAGGUACCAUUAUUGGAGGAAAAACUUAAUAAAGUUACUGCUAAAUCACAAUACUUAUGGUACUACAGCAUUGUGAGGGACUGCACUAGAUACUGUGAUCAAGCAAUGGCAAAACUGGAUGAAACUAAGAAAGAAUUUAUGAAAACUGCAGAGGAGUUUAACGAUAAAGUGAAGGAAAAAGAGAGUAAUUUGGACGACUUUGGAACAUUAGUGAGGAAUUUUAGAUUCAAGUAUGAAAAGGGAUCAGAAUUUUCCCAACAAUUACAAGUCACUUACAAUGAAGAUUUAGAAACAAAUCAUGACAAUAUUGAUAGAAUAUCAAACUCACAUUUGAGUAUUUUUGAAAGUUUCCGAUCCAAAAUUAAAGAAAGGAAACCUAAAAUUACUACUGCACAAUUUAACUCAGGUUUGUCCUACAUGUAA